AUGUUUAAGCUUGCUCAGCGUCUUCCUCAACUUGCUGCCCGUACUCAACCUGUCGCACGUCAGGCCUUGAAGCGCAAUUAUGCUGCUUUGACAUUCUCUUCUCCUUCUAUUCAUGAGGCUCCUACCUCUUUGCAAUCCUUCACUGAAGAAGAACUCAUGUUGAAGGAUACAGUUUCCAGAUUUGCUCGUGAAGUUGUUCAACCUAAAGUACAGGAAAUGGAUGAAGCUGAGGUGAUGAAUAAAGACAUCAUUCAAGCCAUGUUUGAUAACGGCUUGAUGGGUCUUGAAACAGAAAGUGAAUAUGGAGGUGCUGAAUGUUCUUUUACUGCUGCCAUUUUAGCAGUUGAAGAACUUGCCAAGGUUGACCCUUCCAUUAGUGCACUGUGUGACAUUCACAAUACUUUAACCAACACUGUUAUCCGUAAAUGGGCUUCUAAGGAACUCAAGGAAAAAUACCUCACACGUCUUGCCACUGACACCGUGGGUAGUUUCUGUAUUUCAGAAGCAGGUGCUGGAUCAGAUGCAUUUGCUCUUCAAACUCGUGCUGAAGAUAAAGGCGACCACUAUGUAUUGAAUGGUGGAAAGAUGUGGAUCAGUAACUCUGCAGAAGCUGGUAUUUUCGUUAUCUUUGCCAAUGUCGACCCUUCCAAGGGAUACAAGGGUAUCACUGCGUUCAUCGUCGAAAAGGAAUGGGGUGUCGAAAUUGCAAAGAAGGAAAAGAAGUUGGGUAUCCGCUCUUCUUCUACAUGCGUCUUGAAUUUUGACGAUGUCAAGAUUCCCAAGGAAAACGUGCUCGGUAAGGUCGGUGAUGGUUACAAAUACGCCAUCGAUUCUUUGAACGAAGGUCGUAUCGGUAUUGCUGCUCAAAUGAUUGGUUGUGCCCAAGGAGCUUACGAUAUCGCUUUACCCUACAUGAUGGAACGUAAGCAAUUUGGUCAACCCAUCGGUACCUUCCAAGCUAUGCAACACCAAUUUGCUGAAGUCGCUGUUGAAAUCGAAGCCGCCAAGCUGCUGACAUACAACGCUGCUAGAUUAAAGGAAGAAGGUAAACCAUUUGUCAUGGAAGCUGCCAUGGCCAAGUGGAAGGCUGCCAAGGUUGCUGAAAAGGCUUCCUCUUAUGCUGUUGAAUGGAUGGGAGGUAAUGGUUUCGUCCGUGAAACUGGUGUUGAAAAGUUCUAUCGUGAUGCCAAGAUUGGUUCUAUCUAUGAAGGAACCAACAACAUUCAACUUCAAACCAUUGCAAAGAUCAUCAGCACCAAGUAUAAAUAA